AUGGCUCAGCUCAGCUGUGUGUCAGAUACAGAGGCUCUGGUGCAGUCCAUGCUGCAGAGGCUUCGGCUUCAGGAGCAAAGAUCAGAGCAGGCUAGCACAACAUCCGAAGACCUCACGCAGACCAUACAAGAGGUGGUUGAGAAUGGCCAUAACACAGAUGAGCAGGUGUCCUUUAAAGUGUCCAGUGAGGUGAAAGAACAUGUGGUUCUUCCUCCACCAAUCAGAGAGGCUGAGAGGGAAUCCACCCGCUGUUCCCAAGGUUACGACAGUAUCUCCCUCAGUGCUUUCGAUCUGGGCUUUAGUACUGGUAGUCUUAUGGAGGAGAUGUUUACCGGAACCAAAUGGAGCACAUUUUUGGCCUCGAGCGACCAGGAGGUCCCAGAGAAUACAAAUGACAACAGCACUUACCUUGCUGCAGCGAAGCAGUGUGAAAACAUCCUGUCACAAGAUGCAAGCAGUCCGCCAGAGAAGAAGCUGAAUAGCGACACUGAAACUAUGCUUGUAGACACCUCUGACGCAGCACCUAUUGUUGACCAACCACUAUACUCUGAGAGCAGCGAACAUAGUUUCAAUCAACUGGCCAGUUCAGGACCGGUCAGCCAUAACCAGUCACUGACCAGUUUAGGACUGGUCAGCCAUAACCAGUCUUGGACAGUGAAGGUGAACUCUGACCAGCCCAGCCCUACUGAACUCAACUCAAAUGAAUCACAGACUACCACAGACAACACUGACCAAUCCAACAUAGGUGAUCAACCUGACCAAUCCAACAUAGGUGAUCAACCUGAUCAAUGUUUCCGGACUGGAUCAGAGUCAAUCACAUGUGAUAUCAAUGAUCGAGAAACACACAUGGAUGAUGUCAACCUUGAUCAAUCUGAGUUUGGAUCACAGUCAAAUGCUGGUGACAUCAAGGAUCAACAAAUACACAUGACUGAGCCAGAUCUCAACCAAACCGGCACAAGUGACAUGAACCCUUACCAAACAGAGAUUACCACCCCAGAUCUCAACCAAACCAGCGCAAGUGACACGAACCCUUACCAAACAGAGAUUACAGCACCACAUCUUAACCAAACCAGCACAAGUGACAUGAACCCUUACCAAAUAGAGAUUACAGCGCCACAUCUUAACCAAACCAGCACAAGUGACAUGAACCCUUACCAAACACGUGACCAGUCUGAGACAGAAGAUAUUACCUCUUGCCAGUCUACCACACCCACCAUCAAUUCAAGUCUCGGUCGUCAAGGUGAUGCUCCCUCCAUCCAUUCAAGUCUCGGUCGUCAAGGAGAUGCUCCACAGUUUAUUCCUCUUCUGGAUUUUUCUUUUCUAAAGACUGGAGAUGAUGUUGAUAGCUCUGCACACAAGAGGAAUAGAAGAACACGCCAUUCUGAGGAGAGAGAAACGUUUAUAGAUGAAGACGACGAUGAUGAUGUUCCCUCUAAGCCUGUUUCUCACCAGGAAGUUAAACCUUCUCCUCCUCCGUUCCCCCCUCCUCCUCCUCCUCCAUCUCAGUUCAGCACACAGCGCUCAAUCUCCUCUGACUCCUCAGCAUCCGUAGAAAUAGUGCCCAAGAAGGUGAGAGUCAAGUCAAGUCAAGUAGCAAUGUGCUCCAUUGUGUUUUAUAUACUUAAUAGAUAG